AUGCAGGGAAGUGGGGGUAUCCGGCUGCAGGCCACUUGCCAGAGGGAAGGCGAGGAGCCUCCCCACUGCGCCUCGCCCCUGCUGCUCAGCGCCGUCCCUUCUGAGGCCUUUUCUGGACUAAGUCUGAGGACAAAGGCCGGGGUUCUUGGGACGGUGGGGCAGGAGCAGGCGUCUGUUCCUGCUAAUGUGACAGGCUGCCUCAUCCCCAGACCAACUCCCUACCCAACACUGCUGCCAAAGCACAGCAGACGUCCCUACUCAUUCACACCUCUGACCCUCUGCGUGCUUGUGGCCCCUGCCUGGAACGCCCUGUCCCCCGCUCGCUGUUUGCAACUCAGCUUCACGCCUCCUCUUCUGGGAAGCACCCUUCAGUUCCAGCGCUGCCUGCCGGUGUUCGAGAACGCGGCGUUCGGCCGGCUGGCCGAGGCCUCGCACACGUGCGGCCGGCCGCCCGAGGACUUCUGCCCGCACGUGGGCACCGCGGGCGCGGGCGUGCAGUGCCAGCGCUGCGACGCCGCAGACCCCGAGCGCCACCACAACGCCUCCUACCUCACUGACUUCCACAGCCAGGACGAGAGCACCUGGUGGCAGAGCCCGUCCAUGGCCUUCGGCGUGCAGUACCCCACCUCGGUGAACAUCACCCUCCGUCUGGGGAAGGCUUACGAGAUCACCUACGUGAGGCUCAAGUUCCACACCAGUCGCCCCGAGAGCUUCGCCAUCUAUAAGCGCAGCCGCGCCGGGGGCCCCUGGGAGCCCUACCAGUACUACAGCGCCUCCUGCCAGAAGACCUACGGCAGGCCCGAGGGCCAGUACCUGCGCCCCGGCGAGGACGAGCGCGUGGCCUUCUGCACCUCCGAGUUCAGUGACAUCUCCCCGCUGAGCGGGGGCAACGUGGCCUUCUCCACCCUGGAGGGUCGACCCAGUGCCUACAACUUCGAGGAGAGCCCCGGGCUGCAGGAGUGGGUCACCAGCACGGAGCUCCUCAUCUCCCUGGACCGGCUCAACACAUUCGGGGACGACAUCUUCAAGGACCCCAAGGUGCUGCAGUCCUACUUCUAUGCCGUGUCCGACUUCUCCGUGGGCGGCAGGUGCAAGUGCCACGGCCAUGCCAGCGAGUGCGCACCCGACAGCCUGGGGCGGCUGGCCUGCCGGUGCCAGCAUAACACCACAGGCACGGACUGCGAGCGCUGCCUGCCCUUCUUCCAGGACCGCCCGUGGGCCCGGGGCACGGCGGAAGCCGCCAACGAGUGUCUGCCCUGCAACUGCAGCGGUCGCUCUGAGGAGUGCUCGUUUGACCGGGAGCUCUUCCGCAGCACAGGCCAUGGCGGCCGCUGUGGGCACUGCCGUGACCACACAGCAGGGCCGCACUGUGAGCACUGCCAGGAGAACUUCUAUCGCUGGGACCAGCACAUGCCCUGCCAGCCUUGUGACUGCCACCCAGCAGGCUCCCUGCGGCUCCAGUGCGACGACUCGGGCACCUGCCCCUGCAAGCCCACUGUGACGGGCUGGAAGUGUGACCGCUGCCUGCCCGGCUUCCACUCACUCAGCGAGGGUGGCUGCAGACCCUGCGUCUGUAAUCCUGCCGGCAGCCUGGGCACCUGCGACCCUCGGAGUGGGCGCUGCCCCUGCAAAGAGAACGUGGAAGGCAGCCAGUGUGACAGAUGUCGCCCGGGGACAUUUACCCUGCAGCCCCACAACCCCACCGGCUGCAGCAGCUGCUUCUGCUAUGGCCACUCCAGGGUGUGUGCAGCCGCUGCCCACUUCCGGGAGCACCACGUCUACUCCGACUUCCACCAGGGAGCUGAGGGCUGGAGGGCCAGAAGCGUGGGGGGCCUGGAGCACCCCCCACAGUGGAGCCCAAGUGGGGUCCUCCUGGGCCCUGAAGACGGGGAGGAGCUCAUAGCACCAGAGAAGUUCCUGGGAGACCAGAGGCUCAGUUAUGGGCAGCCCCUCACGCUGACCCUCCAGGUGUCCCCCGGGGGCUCCCCACUCCCGGUGCAGCUGAGGCUGGAGGGGGCAGGCUUGGCCCUGUCUCUGAAGCACUCCAGCCUGUCGGGCCCCCAGGGUGCCGGGCAGCCAGGGGAGGCACAGAUCCGGUUUCGCUUGCAGGAGACCUCUGAGGACGUGGACCCCCCACUGCCCCCCUUCCACUUCCAGCGGCUCCUCGCCAACCUGACCGCUCUGCGCAUCUGGGCCGGAGGCCGAAGCCCAAGCCCUUCAGGGCCGGUGUUCCUGACUGCAGUCCGGCUGGCAUCGGCCCAGCGGGGGCUCUCGCCAGCGGCUUCCUGGGUGGAGACGUGCUCGUGUCCCAAGGGGUACACGGGGCAGUUCUGUGAGUCCUGCGCUCCAGGAUACAAGAGGGAGACGCCCCAAGGCGGUCCCUACGCCAGCUGUGUCCCCUGCACCUGUAACCAGCAUGGCACCUGUGACCCUAACACAGGGAUCUGCCUGUGUGGCCACCACACCGAGGGCCCGUCCUGUGAGCGCUGCUUGCCUGGUUUCUAUGGCAACCCCUUCACGGGCCAGGCCGACGCCUGCCAGCCCUGCCCAUGCCCUGGACAGUCAGCCUGCACGAUGCUCCCCGGGAGUGAAGAGGUGGUGUGUACCCACUGCCCCCCGGGCCAGAGAGGGCGGCGCUGCGAGAUCUGUGAUGAUGGCUUUUUUGGGGACCCACUGGGGCUCUCUGGGGUGCCCCAGCCCUGCCACCGAUGCCAGUGCAGCGGGAAUGUGGACCCCAAUGCCGUGGGCAACUGUGACCCCUUGUCUGGCCGCUGCCUGCGCUGCCUGCACAACACGACAGGUGCCCACUGUGAGCGCUGUCAGGAUGGCUUCCAUGGGAGCGCCCUGGCCCCGGGGCCUGCAGACAAGUGUGUGCCCUGCAGCUGCAACCCGGAGGGCUCCGUCAGUGAGCAGGCGCCCUGUGACCCGGUGACCGGCCAGUGCUCCUGCCUGCCUCAUGUGACCGGACGGGACUGCGGCCACUGCAGCCCAGGCUUCUAUGACCUGCAGCCCAGGCAGGGCUGCCGGAGCUGCGAGUGCCACGCGCUGGGCUCCCAGGAGGGCCAGUGCCACCCCGAGACUGGGCAGUGCCCCUGCCGCCCCGGUGUCACCGGCCAGGCCUGCGACAGAUGCCAGCUGGGUUUCUUUGGCUUCUCUGCCAAGGGCUGCCGGGCCUGCAGGUGCUCCCCGCUGGGCGCCGCCUCGGCCCAGUGCCACGCGAACAGCACGUGCGUGUGCAGGCCCGGCUUCGUGGGCUACAAGUGUGACCGCUGCGGAGACAACUUCUUCCUUACGGAGGGGGGCACGCGCUGCCAGGAGUGCCCACCCUGCUACGCCCUGGUGAAGGAGGAGGCAGCCAAGCUGAAGACCCAGCUGACCCUGAUGGAGGGGUGGCUGCAGGGGUCUGACUGUGGCAGUCCCUGGGGACCACUGGAUAUUCUGCAGGGAGAGGCCCCCCGGGGAGACAUCUAUCAGAGCCACUACCUGCUGCAAGGGACCCAGGCAGCCUUCCUGGAACAGAUGACGAGCCUCGAGGGUGCUGUGAAGGCCGCCAAGGAGCAGAUGCAGGCUCUGACCAAGAGUGCCCACUGUGCCCAGGCUGGGGCCCGGCAGACCUGCGCGUGGGUGGCAGAUCUGGAGGCGGCCCUGGUGUCCUCAGAGGAGGAGAUCCUACACGCAGCCACCGUCCUGGCGUCUCUGGUGAUUCCUCAGGAAGGGCCCGGCCAGCCCACCUACUGGAGCCAUCUGGCCACGGAGGCCCGUGCUCUCGCCAGAAGCCACAGAGACACUGCCACCAAGAUCAAAGCCACAGCCCGACGGGCCCUGCUGGCCUCCAACACGAGCUACGUGCUCCUCUGGAGCCUGGUGGAGGGUCGUGUGGCCCUGGAGACACAGCGGGAGCUGGAGGACAGGUACCAGGAGGUCCAGGCAGCCCAGAAGGCACUGGGCAUGGCUGUGGCAGAGGAGCUGCCUGAAGCCGAGAGGGUGCUAGCCGCCGUGCAGCAAGUCGGCGCAGAUGCGGCCCCGCGCCUGGCCACGCUGACUGCCCCAGGAGCGACGCCUCAGAUGUCCCAGGCCAGGGACCUGGCCCUGAAGGUGAUGGCCCUGGAGAGGACAGUUGCUUCGAGGGAGCGCGUGGUCACAGAGGUUGCCCAGGCCCUCCAGGCUCCUGCCCAGGUGGUGCUGCAGAAGACAGAGCCUCUUGUGCAGCUGCGCCAGGAGGCCAGAGCUGCCUUUAGCCGGGCUUCCUCAUCUGUCCAGGCUGCCACAGUUACUGUCAAGGGAGCCAGGACCCUGCUGGCUGACCUGGAAGGAAUGAAGGCGCAGUUCCCUCGACCCAAGGACCAGGCCGCGCUGCAGAAGAAGGCGAGCGCCAUCAGGGACAGACUCCUCACAGACGUGAGAAAGAAGACCAAGCAGGCAGGGAGGAUGCUGGGAAAUGCAGCACCUCUGUCCUCCAGUGCCAAGAAGAAGAGCAGAGAAGCAGAGCUGUUGGCCAAGGACAGUGUCAAGCUUGCCAAGGCCCUGCUGAGGGAGGGCAAACAGGGGCACCGCCGUGCCAGCCGGCUCACCAGCCAGACGCAAGCCACUCUCCGACAGGCCACCCGGCAGGCGCUGACUUCCAAGGCACGCAGACAGGAGCUGGAAGAAGCCGAGCAGGUGGGUGCCGGGCUGAGCGAGAUGGAGCGGCAGAUCCGGGAGUCGCGCAUCUCUCUAGAGGAAGACAUCAGGGCCUUGUCAGAGCUACUUUCUGGGCUGGGGUCGCUGGACACCCCUCAGGCCCCAGCCCAGGCCCUGAAUGAGACCCAGCAGGCACUGGAACGCCUGAGGCUGCAGCUCAGUUCAGGGGGAGACUUGCAGGGGAAACUGAGUCUGUUGGAGCAGGAGUCUGAGCAGCAGGAGCUGCAGAUCCAGGGCUUCGAGAACGACCUGGCUGAGAUCCGCGCUGACAAGCAGAACCUGGAGGCCAUUCUGCACAGCCUGCCUGAGAACUGUGCCAGUUGGCAGUGAGGCUGUCCAGACCCCGGCACACUCUCCUACCUGCUGUCUACAGAGCCCAGGGCAUGCAACAUGCACACCCCUACAGGCGUGCCCAUCCAGGCACACCCACCAGAGCCUGAUGCUCUGUACCCUCCCUGGUGUGACAUUCAGUCCUUCUGAGGCUGCCCCAUCUCCCUGCCGGCUGUGUGUAAACACGUUCCACCAGGUGGCCACUGUGCACAACCCUACCAGUGUGUACCUCUGUACCAGUGCCCAGUACAUGCACAGACGUGUACACCCUCAUGUCAGUAACACAUGCAACAUGUGUGGACAGGUCCCUCCAUGCAUGCACACGUAUGGCAGUCAGUUCAGUUGCUGCUGAGAGCCAGCUGUGUGCUGGACCCUCUGAUCACUCGGCAACCUAUGCCACAUUAAAUGCCCAUUGUGCUAAUGUGCCCUCUCGCUCCAGGUAGCAGGCUCCCAAGCAGAAGUGGCACCGGGAGGCCAAGGGCCACAUCUGCACACAUCUGGGUGGGUUCCACAAGAGCUAGAGUCCGUAGUCCUGGAGCUGCCCUCUGGCCUACCGCAGCCCCCACGCUCCCGUCACUGGGCACUCUACCCAGGUGAGAAGUCAGGCAUGCCAAGUAACACAAGGUCCUAGAGGGUUCUCAGCAGAGGACUCUGAGGCCCAGGGACUCCUAUGCCCAUGGUGCAGCCUACAAGGCCAGCAGGGGUGUCAUGGCUUUGCCAGCAUCCUGGGCCUGUGCCCCUUUCAGCCUGUGAUCUGUCCAAAGAGCCAGGCCUGAGAAGGCCUGGGUGGGGCUCAAAUAGGCUACUGGGAGGCCCCUUUGUCCCCUACUCACCCAGUUGGCCUUUGACUGACAUGUCUAAGCCAGCCCUGCAGCCCCACCUGCCCAAGGAAGGCACAGAGGUGUGGAAGCCUGGCUGCCAUUCCAGUCUGUCAUGACCGGGAGUCCCUCCCCCAUGGCCAAGCCUCUGCCCAGGACUCCCUGGCAUUUUUCCUUUGGGUGGCCUCCAGCCUUGACUCAGGAAGGCAAGCACUUCUGCAGGCCCAGCCCUCCCACACACCCUGCCUCUGUCAAGGGGAAGAGGUGGCAGCAAGGACCAGUUCUACCUGCGGAAAUAAAGUACCCU